UGUUUGUGGUGUUGGGAAUGGCGGUUGUGGAGCAGAGAAACACAGGGUGGAAAGGAAAAAAUGGCGCCGGUGGCAGCGAGAGGCGCAGGCGCCGUUGGUGUUGGUGUCGCAAUCUUCAUCUCAGUCGCUCUCACCACCUAUUUCAUCUGUGACCGCCGCUCCAAGAAGAAGAACAUAUCAAGGAAGAACGGGCUCGUGGAGGCCAUCGGUAACACCCCUCUCAUUCGGAUCAACAGUCUCUCCGCCGCCACUGGCUGUCAAAUUCUCGGCAAGUGCGAGUUCUUGAAUCCCGGAGGCAGCGUCAAGGACCGUGUUGCUCUUCAAAUAAUUCAAGAGGCUCUGGAAUCUGGCCAGCUACGUCCAGGUGGAAUAGUUACUGAAGGGAGUGCUGGAAGUACUGCCAUUAGCAUUGCUACUGUUGCUCCUGCCUAUGGGUGCAAGGCCCACGUGGUUAUACCAGAUGAUGCUGCCAUUGAGAAGUCUCAAAUACUUGAAGCCCUUGGGGCAACUGUUGAAAGAGUGCGACCAGUGUCCAUUACUCACAAAGACCAUUUUGUAAAUAUCGCAAGAAGACGGGCAUCUGAAGCAAAUGAGUUUGCGCUGAAACCGAAAAAUUUACAACUGAAUGACAAGGACACUGCGAAAAUAAAUGGUUAUGAAUCUGAUGGAUACCAUUAUAGCUCUCUGUUUCCUAGUGACUGCCAAGGUGGGUUUUUUGCAGAUCAGUUUGAAAACUUAGCGAACUUCAGGGCCCAUUACCAGGGUACAGGGCCUGAGAUUUGGGAACAGACCAAUGGAAAGUUAGACGCAUUUGUUGCAGCAGCAGGCACUGGUGGCACUGUGGCUGGUGUUUCUACGUUUCUUCAGGAAAAGAAUCCAGAAAUCAAAUGCUUCCUCGUAGAUCCUCCAGGUUCUGGUUUGUAUAAUAAGGUAACUCGGGGAGUGAUGUACACCAAAGAGGAGGCUGAAGGAAAAAGACUCAAGAAUCCAUUUGACACUAUAACUGAAGGAAUUGGAAUUAACAGGAUAACAAAGAAUUUUGCGAUGGUAAAACUUAAUGGCGCCUUUAGAGGCACCGAUAGGGAGGCUGUUGAAAUGGCUAGGUUUCUUUUGAAGAACGAUGGACUCUUCCUCGGGAGUUCAUCUGCAAUGAACUGUGUCGGAGCAGUUAGAGUAGCACAGGCAAUUGGCCCUGGCCAUACCAUUGUGACCAUACUCUGCGAUAGUGGAAUGAGACAUUUGAGCAAGUUCUAUAAUGCUGAAUACUUGUCUGAGCUGGGUUUGACACCGAAAGCAGCUGGAUUGGAGUUCUUAGGCAUCGAAUGAAUAGGUUUCCUCAGAGUUUUGAAUUUUUAAUGCCACUGGGUAAGUGCUUAACGCCUGCCUUGGAUGGCGGUGACCACUUAGAAGUUAGAACUGAGGGUAUUGUAGUGAUUGAUAUAGAUAGUUAGAACUGGGAGAGGUAUGUCAUUCGUUGGAAGACUUGUAAUUAGAAGUCUCCAAACUUUUGUAAACUCUACCGUGAUGACAAGGUAUUCAAAGUGAGAACUGUUAAUUUUUUUUAUCAGUAAUA